AUGCAUCCUUUUGACUUCCUGACUGCACUUUGCUUGGGAAUAGUCUCCGCUACUAUAGAGCUUGAUCAAAGUUUAGAUGCACAGUGGAUCCGGUGGAAGGAGACACAUGGAAAACAAUAUGGUGUGGUUGAAGAAUGCAGAAGAGCCGUGUGGCAGAAGAAUAUGAAAAUGAUUAUGCAGCACAAUAGGGAAUACCUUCAAGGGAAACAUAGCUUCUUGAUGGCAAUGAAUGGCUUUGGUGACAUGACUGAUGAAGAAUUCAGGCACAUGAUGAUUGGUCUUAAAAUCCAGAAGAAUGAGAAUGGGACAGUGUUUAAAGUCCCUUUCCCUGCUGGUAUUUCCUUACCUAUGAAUAGGAGACAGACACCUGAUAUUAGUCUUGGUCGGUGUGCUUCUGGCUGGGCUUUUAGUGCAACUGGUGCCAUCGAAGGACAGAUAUUCCGGAAAUACGGCAAACGUGUUUCCUUGAGUGUGCAGAACCUCCUGGACUGCUCUCAGGCUGAAGGCAAUGAGGGCUGCAAUGGUGGUCUAAUGAGUAAUGCCUUCCAGUAUGUUAGGAACAACAGAGGUCUGGACACAGAAGAAUCCUAUCCAUAUGUUGCAAGAGAUGGACCCUGCAAAUACAGGCCUGAGUAUUCUGCUGCCAAUGUCACUGCCUUUCAGACAAUUCCUCGGCGGGAGGAGGCCCUCUUGGUGGCAAUGAAAAACAUGGGAUCCAUCUCUGCUGCUAUAGAUGCAAGCUUGGAUACCUUCCGCUUCUAUAAAGGAGGUAAGCAUUUGUUGAUACAGAAAAAUUGGAAAACCACCCUAAGAAACAGCAAGAAUGACACUUUGGUUGACAUCCUACAAGUAGAAUAA